AUGCACUUCAACGCCCUCCUCGCCGUCGCCGCCGUCGCCGGGUCCGUCUCGGGCUUGGCCGUCCGCCAAAACACGCCGGCCUGGCAAGUCCUCCCGCCAACGCCGGAGCUGCCGAAGCCCAUCUCGACGGUCAAGACGCCGAUCAACGGCAUCCAGAUGUGGUUCCAAAAGUACAACGAGAAGGCCGGCGGCGUGCCCAUCGUCAUGGACCACGGCGGCCUGGGCUUCUCGGGCUACUUCGGCUCCGUCAUCACCCGCCUCAUCGACGCCGGCCACUACGUCAUCGCCGUCGACCGCCGCGGCCACGGCCGCACGACGUACAACGCCAACGACGUCUUCACCUACGACCAGAUGGCCGCCGACAUCCACGCCCUGCUCGAGGGCGCCGGCGUGCCCCAAUACAACGUCGUGGGCUGGUCCGACGGCGGCAUCACGACGCUCGCGGCGCUCAUCAACCCGGUCACCGCCAAGCCCAUCAACAAGGCCUUCGUCUUCGGCGCCUCGUCGAGGCCCGAGCAGACCAACGCCACCUUCUCCGACACGGCCAUCUUCUCGACGCUCGUGGCCCGCUGCCGCACCGAGUACGCCUCGCUGCAGCCGGGCGUCGACUUCACGGCCUUCGCGACAAAGGUCGCGACGAUGGAGGGCACGCUGCCGCAGUUCACGGCCGCGCAGCUCGCGGGCAUCGACGGCAAGCGGGUCAUGAUCGCCGGUGCCGAGCACGAGGAGGCCGUCAACCGCGACGUCCCCGGCAUCCUGAACAAGGCCAUCCCCGGCAGCAGCGUCACGAUCCUCAAGGGCGUGAGCCACUUCGCGCCCAUGCAGGACCCGGCCCAGUUCACCAAGGCCGUUAUCGACUUCUUCAACAAGGCGUAG